AUUAAGAAAAAUUGGAGGUAAACAUGCUUCUAGAGUUCAUGGUGGUCAAAAUCCAACUUUGCAACAUCUCAAAUUCCUUAGCAGAGUUGCAAUGAGGCAUAAAAUGGAUCGUCAUAAUUCUGGAAUGUAUUAUACUGAGGGUGAUACUUCCGAUUCUGACCUUGACACAGAUCCAAAACCUGAACCUGAAGCCCUAACUCCCAUACCCAAGGCAAUUAAUGAGAAUACUUCUGAAAUUGAGGAUAUCUAUGACUUAUAUGGGA